UGAGUUCCCAUUUAAUGACAUUUGGUGUCUGCACAUGAUUCAGCAUUUGACAAGUUCAGAACAUGUUGGUGAGAAAAGCUUCAAAAAGAGUGAUACUUUCGAUGAUUAGGAAGCUGAAAAUUACUCAUUGUAGUAUCCUGGAUCAAGCUGAAAACUACCCUUGAUUCAAGAUUCAGUAGUGAAAAUAAGCAGAUUAUGUGAGCAAUGAAGUUCAAGAAAGAGAAACAAGUGAGGUUUAACAAUGACGGGAAACAAGAUUUUGAACUUUUUUGGGAGAAGAAAAUUGCUCAACAGCCCCUUGAUAAACAACUGCCAACAUACAAGGGUGCUUCUUCAGUACCUUUCAUGAAAGGUGAAGGAGGAUUUGGUGACAGGAGUAGAGUAAAUGUAUUUCCCAGAUUUGGAAGGUCUAAAGUUUUUCCAGAAGGAAAUUAUGAGCCAGGAAAGAAAUGGGUUCUGGAUCCUGGAAGUGAACUUUCCCUGCAGUGGAACAGAAUUUUUCUUUUUUCUUGCUUGGUAGCACUUUUUGUUGAUCCAUUGUUUUUUUACCUUCCUGCUGUGGUGAAUGAUGAGGAAUCCUCAUCCUCGUGUAUGACAACAGACAUGAAUCUUGGGAUCACUAUCACCUGUUUUAGGACUCUGGCUGAUUUAUUUUAUGUCUUGCAUGUAUUUAUAAAAUUUAGAACUGCUUAUGUCUCCCCAAGCUCAAGGGUAUUUGGCAAAGGUGAACUAGUGAUGGAUCUGAGUUUGAUUUCUCAGAGGUACUUGAAGUCAGAUUUCUUCAUAGAUGUAAUUGCAGCACUGCCUCUUCCUCAGAUAGUCAUAUGGUUCAUCAUACCAGCCAUUAGAAGCUCCCAUGCUGAUCAUACCAACAAUGCUCUUGUACUGAUAGUUCUUCUCCAGUAUAUUCCCAGAUUAUAUCUGAUAUUCCCAUUGAGUUCUCAGAUUAUUAAAGCAACUGGAGUUGUCACAAAAACGGCAUGGGCUGGGGCUGCAUAUAAUCUGCUUCUCUAUAUGUUAGCAAGCCAUGUCUUGGGGGCUUCCUGGUACUUAUUAUCUAUUGAACGGGAUGCUACUUGUUGGAAAUCUGCCUGCAGGCAGGAGUUCAAGUCCACUAAUUGUUCACUUCGUUUUUUGGAUUGUCGAACUCUAGAUCAUGAUGAGAGGAGGACAUGGGCAAACUCCACUGCUGUUUUUAGUAACUGCAAUCCUGACAAUACCACAUUUUUCAACUUUGGGAUAUUUGGAAAUGCUGUUACUAACAAUGUCCUCUCUGCAAACUUCAUUGAAAAAUACUUCUACUGUUUGUGGUGGGGUUUACAAAAUCUAAGUUCUUAUGGCCAGACGUUAUCCACAAGCACAUUUAUUGGGGAGACUGCAUUUGCCAUACUUAUUGCUAUAUUGGGCCUUGUUCUGUUUGCACACUUGAUCGGAAACAUGCAGACCUACCUGCAAUCUCUCACUGUGAGGCUUGAGGAGUGGAGGCUGAAGAGACGGGAUACCGAGGAGUGGAUGAGGCAUCGCCAGCUCCCUCCAGAUCUACAGGAGCGUGUUAGGCGAUUUGUGCAGUACAAGUGGCUAACAACAAGGGGAGUUGAUGAAGAAUCUAUAUUGCAUGCUUUACCUACAGAUUUACGUCGAGACAUCCAAUGCCACCUUUGCUUAGACCUUGUUCGACGAGUCCCUUUCUUUUCAGAGAUGGAUGAUUUGCUUCUUGAUGCCAUUUGCGAGCGCCUAGUAUCGUCCCUAAGUACCCAAGGUACCUACAUUGUACGUGAGGGUGAUCCCGUUACAGAGAUGCUCUUUAUCAUCAGAGGCACAUUGGAGAGCUCAACGACAAAUGGAGGCCGUACAGGUUUCUUUAACUCAAUUACUCUGAGGCCGGGAGACUUCUGUGGUGAAGAACUGCUAGCUUGGGCUUUGCUUCCAAAAUCUGCACUCAAUUUGCCUUCUUCAACAAGAACAGUGAAAUCCCUCAGUGAAGUAGAAGCCUUUGCAUUACGAGCUGAAGAUCUCAAGUUUGUAGCUAAUCAGUUCAGACGGCUUCACAGUAAGAAGCUACAACAUACAUUUCGGUAUUACUCUCACCAUUGGAGGACAUGGGCUGCCUGUUUCAUUCAGGCUGCUUGGCGCAGGCAUAAGAAGCGAAUGUUGGCAAAAUGUCUAAGUAUGACUGAGUCAUUUUCUUUGGCUUCAGAUGAGCAAUUUGUUGAUAGUAAUGAAAAAACUGAGGAAGCCACUGCAGCUAAAUCAUCAAAUUCCCACAUUAAUCUAGGAGUCACAAUACUUGCCUCAAGGUUUGCAGCAAAUACAAGGAGAGGAGCCCAAAAGUUGAAGGAUGUUGAAUUGCCAAAACUGCAGAAGCCUGAAGAGCCAGAUUUUUCCGCUGAAGCAGACGAUGAAUAGUUCAAUCUAGCUAGAUGAAGAGACUGGAACCAAAGGUGAGUAUUCUGCAAGGAACAUGAAGCAGACUGAUUGGGGUUUUGUACAGGCAUAACAUAUCAUGACAGUUGAUUGCUUAAAGUGAAGGACCAAUGGCAAAAUAAAUGAAACAGGAGUGAUCUGAUCAGCCUAUACAAAUCAAGGUUAAUGGAAGUAUAAUCCUACAAAAGUUUUAGCAGAAUAUAUAGAACUGCCACAACUUGUGGCCCAAUUCACUUUAUAUAGAUUUUGGCUAUGAAUUGAAUUACUGCAAUGAUAAGCAUAUGCAUGUUUGAUGAUAGAAUCUAUGAUAACAAACACAAUUGUGAAAAAUAAUGACAAGGCUCUAGCUAUACUCAGA